UGAUCAAAAUGGCGCCUGUAACAACAACUCAGGAUGCCACUGCAGAGAAUGCCGAGGGACAGCAAAGCAAUACAAUCAUCUUUAACUCAUCCAAAGGAGAACUGUUCACCCCAAACAAUGGUUUUAAGUCCUUGGUCAGAAAACUGAGAUCCAACUGGAAAGUCAUCACGAACAAAGAUGAAAUAACCGUAGAAAGAAUUAUUACAGCAAAAGUUGUGAUAUUUGGAGGACCAAGAAGAAAAUUCACUGCUUCUGAGUUUGAUGCACUGAAGCAGUACAUUGAAAAAGGUGGAAGCCUUUUGGUUCUGUUGGGGGAAGGAGGAGAGUCUCGAUUUGACACUAACAUCAACUUCUUGUUAGAAGACUAUGGAAUUAUGGUGAAUAAUGAUUCAGUAGUGAGGACCGUGUAUUACAAGUAUUUUCAUCCUAAGGAGGUUUUAAUCUCCAAUGGAGUUCUUAACAGAGAGAUCAAUCGGGCUGCUGGAAAGUAUGUUCCAGGAUCAUCUGAUGCUGAUAGGACAGACCUUGGACAAUCUCUGGCAUUUGUUUAUCCUUAUGGUGCAACUCUGAAUGUGGUCAAACCAGCUAUAUCCGUUCUUUCAUCUGGCAGCGUAUCAUUUCCUCUCAAUAGACCAAUCUGCGCAUUCCACUCAUCAAGAUAUUCAAAAGGCAAGAUGGUCAUCCUUGGUUCUGUACACAUGUUCAGUGAUCAGUAUCUUGACAAGGAAGAAAAUGCAAAGGUUCAGGAUGUGAUCUUUCAGUGGCUCACAACUGAUGACAUUCAGCUCAACAAUAUCGAUGCUGAGGACCCUGAGGUAUCAGACUACCAUUACAUUCCCGAUACUCCCAGGAUGUCAGAGAGACUAAGAGUUUGCCUUCAAGAAGGAGAUGAGAGUGUGGGAAGAGAUAUCACCAAAAUGUUUGAUGAGGAUCUUUUCAAGCUUGAUACAAGUGUGGUUCCCUCUGCCAUAAGAGCAUAUGAAGACCUAAGAGUGAAGCAUGAACCUCUUCAGCUAAUAACUCCUCAGUUUGAGACUCCACUUCCUCCACUUCAACCUGCAGUAUUUCCACCAACCUUUCGUGAGCUGCCUGCUCCAGCACUGGAUCUGUUUGAUUUAGAUGAGAGUUUCUCGUCAGAAAAGACAAGACUUGCACAGAUAACCAACAAGUGCACUGAAGAUGACCUUGAGUACUACGUUCGUGAGUGUGGGGAUAUCCUGGGAGUGUCCAGCAAACUGCCUUCUUCUGUUAGAGAUGCCAAGCACAUCUUGGACUACAUCUUCCAUCAAAUUGUAGAGUUCAAAAAAUUGAAUCAGGAACCUCUGGAUGAUCCAUCAAAUGAACCUGCAUUCACAGAUGCUAUGUAAAUUUAUUCUAGAUGUUUCUGUUCUGUAGAAUUUGGCCUGUUCCAGGGGUUUAAUAAGUUGGGGUGCAGUGCCAAAAAAAA